AUGACAGCUUAUACACUGCUUGAACAGCCUCUUUCAAGACGAAUAUCAAAAAGACAAUGUCAAAUAAUUGCUCUCUUAUUUACGAGUCUUUUAUUUUUAUUGUUUUUCUUUUUCAAGACAACUCAAGAAGAGACCCUUCCUUAUGACAAAACUUAUCCUCCGGUCAGAAAUAUCAACUUUACAGUUCCAGGUCAGGAUGACUUGGUUUAUAUCGAUUUAGACAGAUACCCUAUUGAAGAUCAAAUAGUUCAACUUUUUGCUGGAUCAAAAGAUGUUAUUCAAGAAUAUACUAUCAACAAAAUCCAAAAGAAAAAACAAGGCCUAUGGAUAAAGACACCAAGUAGAAUUCAACCAGAUACCUAUGCUUGUAAAAAUCAGCUACCACCUUAUCCAAUACUACGUCGUAUUGUAAAAGAUCAUCUCGAUAUUGCUGAUACAAAUGUUUACUUUGAAGACGAUGCUGGAUUGAACCUCUCCCAGUCUUUUGUUUUCCUGCCUUUCGAAAAACAGCCAAAGCUGAAGAAGGGAUAUCGUGUCUGCAUUCGAGCCCUUGUACCAUUUAAGGGUCAAGGUACCCACGAUCCUUAUAAUCUGUUCUACCGACCUUAUCCAACAAAUCAUGAACAAAUUAGCUACCCUUGGUGGGAUACGAUGAUGACCACUCUCAGAAACACUCAGACAGAUGAAAUUACAUCAUUGACUAUGAGCCCCUGGCUAGGACAUAAGCAGUUACGAAUGAAAUCAAGAGAGAUUAGACAGGUCAACAGUGAAUUACCAGAGUGGUCCAAGUUACGGAAUGAAUUGUUGCAUGAAAGAGAAAGAUUGCACAUGUACGAGGCAGACUUUAUUAUACCAGCGGACGACGCAGAAUAUGAACUCUCAAGCUUGUUAGAGUUUGUGGAGGGACGCUACAACUUUGACUAUGGACCAGUGACAACAUAUGAACCACUCCAAAUGCCCGUGCUUCCAUUUAGCAAGAUCACUACAGGCAAAACUCAACUAAAGAAGAAAGAAGCACUGGCUGAAAAGCUACUAAAAGAACAUCUCAAGCUUCCCCUCUGCAGUGGUUCCGACCAUCCUGGACGUUGGUUACCUUGGCCAAAUCAUACAGAACACUCUACAAACCAAGUCUUAGCCCUCACUCGACACGGUAAAUACUGGGCGCCUUACAGCUGUCGAUACCGUCAUUUGUCUUAUGAACAAUUCAAUCGGUGUGUAUCGCAAAAGUAUCCACAUGGUCUAGACCUUUAUGGCGAUUCCAAUAUGCGUCGGGCGAUCAAGAAAUUCGUCAGCCACGGCCAAUGGUGUAGGGAUUGGCAUAAACACGUCACUGGUCCCAUUGUCCCUGAAGAAAAGUUACCAACGAUCCUACACAAGCGUCAAGAGGAACCCAAGGGAUACAGUUCACCCCAAGAAUAUAGGUUCAUCGUACCCGAACAAACCCGUAGCUGUUACUGUGAAGAUUUCUUUGAGCCCUACUGGAAUUUGGAUUGGUUUAGUGGAGGAGCCAGACGUUUCUACCUUGAGAUAAACAAUUCGCCUGCUCAAGCGAGAGCAGUAGGAAAGACAGAAUGGGAUAAUGAAAAGAUUAGAAGAGCAAAUCCUGGGGACAAGUUCAAGAUUAGUUCUUACAAGUGGGACGGGCUCACAUAUUUCAACGAACCUUCCUGGGAAACAGCAGUGCGCGACAACGGAGAAAUAUCAGACGUUGCGGUGUUCUCUCUUGGUAAUUGGGAUAGUGCAUUUUCUAAUCUUGAGUCUUAUCUUAAGGAUGUUGAUGUGUUGAUUCAACAGAUCAAGGAUCACUAUGACUUAAACAAGACUAUGAUCAUCUAUCGCACUCCUCAGUAUUAUUGCUGCCGUAUCGAUCGUGAUAGUCGUCAACGCCAAGUGAGCGGGCCAAAGCUAGAUGUGUUUGAUAUAGAAGUGCGUAAGAAAUUUCAGGAGGAACUUCGCGCCAUCAUCUGGGACACAAAGAUAUUGGGAGAGACAAGAACAUGGGAAGAGAAAUUAGAAAGUGUAGACUGCUCUUCGAAUCAUGUAGCUGCAGAUCUCGUAGAAGUUGAAAACCAGAUAUUUAUGAAUGUACUUUGUAACAAAUAAUUAUACCUUGAAUAAAAAAAAAAUGACUUCCAU